AUGCCGACUUUAGAAGCUCCAGAAGAGAGGCUGAGGAAAUUUAAGUACCGAGGCAAAGAUGCAUCUCUGAGGCGACAACAGCGGAUAGCAGUCAGCCUGCAGCUCCGAAAGGCCAAGAAAGAUGAGCAGGUCUUAAAAAGAAGAAAUAUCACUCACCUCUCUCCUGACCCAGUUUCUGAAGAAGGAAACAAAGGGGUCAUCCUCACCCUGCAAGAAAUAAUCAAUGGUGUGAAUGCCUCAGAUCCAGACCUAUGUUUCCAAGCCACCCAGGCAGCCAGGAAAAUACUAUCCCGGGAAAGAAACCCUCCUCUCAAACUGAUUGUUGAAGCAGGGCUCAUUCCCAGGCUGGUGGAGUUCCUGAAGUCCUCCCUCCUUCCCCGCUUGCAGUUUGAGGCAGCAUGGGCUCUAACCAACAUUGCUUCAGGGACUUCAGAGCAGACUCGAGCUGUUGUGGAAGGGGGAGCCAUCCAGCCCUUGGUUGAGCUCCUGUCUUCCCCCAAUAUGACUGUGUGUGAACAGGCAGUGUGGGCCCUUGGUAAUAUAGCAGGUGAUGGACCAGAAUUCAGAGACUUUGUUAUCUCAAGCAAUGCCAUCCCACAUCUGCUGGCCCUGAUUUCAUCAACCAUACCAAUUACAUUUCUGCGGAACAUCACAUGGACCCUGUCCAACCUGUGCCGAAACAAGAACCCGUACCCCUGCAAAAGAGCAGUGAAGCAAAUGUUGCCCGUCCUCUUCCACCUCCUGCAGCACCAAGACAGUGAGGUGCUCUCUGACACCUGCUGGGCCCUGUCCUACCUCACUGAGGGCUGCAAUGAGCGCAUUGGCCAAGUGGUUAACAUGGGGGUGCUGCCCAGGCUGGUUCAGCUCAUGACCAGCUCAGAACUCAAUGUCUUGACCCCCUCUCUCCGCACUGUGGGGAACAUUGUCACAGGAACAGAUCAGCAGACCCAGGUGGCCAUUGACGCGGGCAUACUAAUUGUGCUACCCCAGCUCCUGCUACACCCCAAGUCCUCCAUCCAGAAGGAGGCAGCCUGGGCCCUGAGCAAUGUGGCCGCGGGGCCCCACCAACACAUCCAGCAGCUGAUUGCUUCCAACACUCUGCCUCCCUUGGUGGCUCUGCUAAAAAAUGGAGAUUUUAAAGUCCAGAAAGAGGCUGUCUGGACUGUUGCUAACUUCACAACUGGGGGCACCAUGGACCAGUUGCUCCAGCUUAUCCACUCUGGAGUGUUGGAUCCACUGGUGAACCUGCUCACCAUCCCAGACACAAAAUUUGUUGUCAUCAUCCUUGACAUAAUCUCUUUUCUUCUCCAGGCAGCACAGAAGCUUUCUGAGAAGGAAAACCUGUGUCUUCUGAUUGAGGAACUUGGUGGGGUUGAUAGAAUCAAGGCUUUGCAAUUUCAUGAGAACCAUCAGGUUGCCCUGACUGCUCUGAGCAUUAUUGAGAACCACUUUCCUGAGGAAGAAGAAAAUGGCACAAUAUUGCUAUCCUGGACCAAGAUAAUGAAUUCUUAA